UUAAGAAAUGCUUCUUUUUCUCCUCUUGCUCUGUUUAGUCUGUUUCCUCUGUUUGUUCAGCCCUGCAUCCACCUCUGAACUCUGUUUCCACUCCAGCUGCGAUGGCGAUUUUCAGACCAUUCAAUUCCCUUUCAGAAUUGAAAACCAACAGCCCAAAUCAUGUGGGUAUCCAGGCUUUGAUUUGACCUGCCCCUCCACAGGUCAACCACUUCUCCAUCUUCCUUCUUCAGGGGAUUUCACUGUUCAGUACAUAGAUUACGAGAACCAAGAAAUUUUGGUCAAUGAUCCAAACAAAUGUCUUCCCCGAAAGAUUCUGUCUCUCGAGCUUUCUGGGUCGCCGUUUCAUGGCACAAAUAGUGAAGAUUUCACCUUCUUUAAUUGUUCGUGGAGUGAUCCAAUCCCAUCUGAGUUUAACUUGAAUCCAAUAUAUUGCCUCAGUGGGUUGUCGUAUGCAGUUUUCGCAUCACCUUCUUCAUUUGUAAAUGAGAUUUUGUCGUCGAGUUGUGUUGCGAUGAAGACUGUAUCGGUGCCGUAUUCAUGGUCGUUUUCGACGGAUUUGACGAAUGAUCUUCGAUUGGGGUGGAAAAAGCCUAAUUGUAGAAGGUGCGAGUCACACGGUGGAAUAUGUGGCCUCAAACCCAAUUCUACCGAUCAAAUCCAAUGCAAACACAGUGCUCAACCUCGACAUGGGAUCCCGAGAGGUGCUCGCUAUGCUGUAUCCAUAGGAGUGGGAGUCCCAGCGACCAUGUGCAUUUUGGGCUUCUUAUGUUGCUUUUGUGCUCGAGUCAGAUCCUACUCGAGAGGCCGAAACUCCAGCAUUGAGGCCCAUUGGGUCAUCUCUUCUCGGCCCACUUUAAUGGGCCUAGAUGAGCCCACUAUCGAUUCCUAUCCAAAAAUUGAAUUGGGUGAAAGCCUGCGUCUACCAAAGCCCAAUGACAAUAUUUGCGCAAUUUGCCUGUCGGAAUAUCGGCCCAAAGAGACUGUGAAGAGUAUACCCCAAUGUCAACAUUUCUUCCAUCAAGAUUGUAUUGAUGAAUGGCUGCGAUUGAAUCCCUCCUGCCCUGUUUGUAGAAUGCCUCCCGUCAAAUCUCCGCCGUCCGAUUCUUCCCUCUAACACCGUCCGUUGUAAAUACUUCAGAUUUUCUUUUUUCUUUUUUUUUCUUUUUCUUUCAAGGCUAAAACUUAGCUUUUUCUAAAGACCUACAAAAAUGAUGU